CUGCUUUCAUGUGUUUUAGGGAUAAUUAGUUAUAGUUGGAGGUCUACAGCAUUCAACCCAGACGGCUCAGCUGUGAUUGGGUGAUGUGGCAGUAAUACGUGCUGUUAUUCCUCUAAAAGUGAAAUGGCACACCGCUGGUAUUCUCUGCAUGAUCUCAACGCGCAGCCUCCGUGUUCACAUUGUGCUGGUCCUGAUGGUGAACAGGUCUUUGCAUAAUUACCUGGCACUGCGUGUGUUUUCUGGAGGAAUACCAGCGGAAACAGACGCGUUUUUCUUCCUGAAGUGUGAUGUUAUAUCCAGUGGUGUGUCUGAGCGCUCAGACUGAUCAUCGAGCCCAGUUUGUCUGAAGCUCCUCAUCUGAGGCAGCAGGUGUUCUGACAUGUGGACCGAACGAGUCACCCGCUCCUCGUCGUGAUUGGCACCUACCAGUUAUUUAAGGUAGCGUCCUCUGGACGGUUUAAAGGAGCAGAAAAGUCAGGGAGUCUGUCGGGAUGCUCGGUCAGUCUCAUCACCUUAUCGGAGGCAUCUUGUGGAUCCAGAAUCCAAUGAGAGCUGUUCACUGCAACCUGAGCCAAAAUGGCAUCAUCCAACAGCUGCGUCCCGAGGACAUGACAUCUCAGCUGGAGGAGGAUGAGGAGUUGGUGGACAGCGAGGCUGUCCUGCUGGACGACGACAGGCCAAGCUACCCGGACAUCCCCCGGCCUUCGUACCACCGCCGCUCGCCACCUCACCGCUCCGUCUCUGAGUCCGAGCUGACCCGGCCUGGAUACGUGAAGCUGUCCAAACCAGUGGCCCUGUGGACUCAGCAGGAUGUUUGCAAAUGGCUGAAAAAGCACUGUCCCAAUCAGCAUCAGAUCUACAGCGACUCUUUCAAACAGCACGACAUCACAGGACGGGCCCUAAUGAGACUAACAGACAGAAAGCUGGAGAGAAUGGGGAUUAUACAUGAAGCCCAGAGGCAGCACAUCCUGCAGCAAGUCCUGCAGCUUCGGGUCCGCGAGGAAGUCAGGACUCUUCAGCUCCUCACACAAGCCUCUCUGGAGUGCACUCCGUCUUCACCGUAGAUUGAUGGAUCGGGCCAGAACGAUGCGGAUGCACACACCGUCUCUCCUCCCUGCCAUCUAGAACUUCCUUCUGGACCAAUCAAAGUUCUUCGUCUCACUCUUCAGGUCUCCGUCUUUUAUUUUUGUCCAAAAAGGCAAAGAAGAACUUUAUUCCCCUCCAGCCACUCCUAAAAAUCUCCCACAGCUUCCUGCAACAUGACCAGCAGUUUCCACUGCAGAACCCCUUCCCCCGGUCUUUUUUGGCCUUUGCAGUCGAACCGUCCUCAAACUUUGAGUGCUACAACUUCUUUCAAGCAUGACUGAGAUUCACACAGACUGCAGAGAUUUGCACACUUGCUUUGUGAAGGAAUAAUUAUGAAAGAAGUUUUUGCACCAUUUUCUUUGUAGUUGCACAAUAUCCCGUGUCUCUCCUCCAGUAACACCUACAAUUCAGAUUGUCCCCCUGUUCCUCAAACAUCAUGUCUUUGUCUGUCUCUGGCAUAGUAGCCUCUCCAGUCCAGCACUUUAAUGGUUGUUUUCUCCCAUGCAUCAUCUUCUGCUGAGCCUGCUUCUGCCCCACUGAGGACUUUCCGAAAGGCAGGAAACAAAAUGCUGUAGACAGGACUGAACACGUCCCACUGCCCUUUUCUUCCUCUUUAUCUUCGGACCAUUUUCCUGGAAACACAAGAGAGUGACACAUUUUACACAACUGUCUGUGUUUGUGCUUUUUUUCUCUCUCAGUCAUUCUGUGAAAUGGCCCGACAAAAAGUGUUAGAUGAUGCGUAGUAAAGUAUCCAUAUCUCUCUAUGCUUUUUACCCUGUCUAUAUUGUGAACCAUGCUUUGGGCCUGUGAAAACACAAGCUGUGGGAUAAAGACUGGACCUGACGUAGCAUCAGGUACCGGUAAUUGAAAUAACUGCCGUCUGGGUGCAAAACAAUAUGAGGAAGAUGAAACUGCAAAAAAGAAAUUCCCUCAUUGGCCCUAAAAGCACAAUGCUGGGAUUGAAAUUAAUUUGGCAACCCAAAGGGGGUUGGAUGUCAGGAAGAAAAAAGGAGACGGGGCUCUGGGAACGAGGAAAUGUUUUGACUUCAGAUUCCUCACUCUAAUGAGGAGAGGAAAAGAAGAAAAGACGUUACAGAUGACAAAUGAGGAGCUCUUUUUUUCAUUUCCUCUCCUUCGUAUUGCUCUGAGUGCUUUUCCAUCUCAGUGCUUGAAACUAUUUUUAGAAAAGUUAUAUUCGAAAAGUGUAGACGUGCUCUUAGCCGAAGCUCGUCAAGCUGUUAUUUGUUACUCGUUCACACCAAUACAGCGCCUUGCAAAAGUGUUUGAGCUUUCUUAUUUUGUCAUUUUGAAACCCUAAAACAUCAAUGCACUUCAUUGGGAUUUAAUCUAAUAGUCAACACAAAGUAGUGCAUAAAUGUUAAGGGGAAGGAUCAUUUUUUUACAAAUAAAAAUCUGAAAGUGUCCCUGUCCCUGCUAAGAAUUAGAAUAGACCUUAUCUAGAAUAGACCUUAUUACGGGUAUGCAAGUACAACAAAAUUUAAAGUUGACAUCUCUUCAUGCUCUGAAAAAAUAAUUCCCAUGGCAUGAUCCUGCCACCACUGUUUCACAAUGGUGGUUUUUUCUUUAGGGUGAAGAACAGUUCACCUUCUUCCCAAAUGUUUGCAGUGACUCUCUGACAUGGUUUGUGACAUUUUAUUUAAAGAUAACAUAAAUGCACACAACUAUUUUCCGUUUUUUUGUUAUAAAAUAUGUUGAAAACCAUGCAUAAUAUUCCUCCACUUCACAAUAAUGCACUACUUUGUGCUUGUCUUUGACGUGAAAUCCUCACAAAACACAUUUGUUUGUUGCUGUAAUACGAGAAAACGUGAAGUGAAAACUUUUGCAACGCAGUGCAUCAUAUAAGUGUGAUGAGCAACUUAAACCUCAGCUAUAAAUGUGAAUUAUGGCCACUCACUGUUAAUAUUAUAAGCAUUUAAACUACAUUUAGAAGCACAUGUGUCUGUAAUGAAACAAAACUGAUAACUUCUUCACCACUAAAUGUGUGUCUGUGUAAAUAAGACCUGUAGCCACUAGUAUAGCAACCUCUCAAUGUCAGCUACCUAUUUCAGUGUAUCAGAGAGAUAUUUAACAACAGCUCUUAUCCAGGCUGAUGUAGCAUGAGCUGUUUUUUUCAUUUCCUGGAUGGGACCAUAAAGUUGCCGUUGCAGUCUAAGGGAAAUGAAGAAGCAGGGGUCACCGUCGGCCCCUGGGAGACCCCACGUUUUAAUGGGAUUUCAUUUGUCGCACAGGUCCCUCACUGUGCAACCAUUCAUUGUUAGGAUAGCUGCAGUGGCCUUCUGCGGCAAAGAGCUGCCUACUGAUUGGAUAGUAUCGAUCAGUUCUCCUGGACUCAUACAGUUGGACCGGUGGGGAUUACAGAAUCCUCCAGGGGUGUAAACGUCUGCGUGCGUUCAACUGUGUGUUGGCUAGCCAGGGAGAAAUGGAGUCUGUCGGGCUAAAACACAAGCGGUCAUUUCACAGUUGGGGGGAGAUGCCGUGUUUGUGUGUUUCAGGGCCACAGCAGGAAGGAAAGGGAUGAAACUCAAAUUGGAAUUUCUCCCCCAGGUGAUUUCAAGCUGGAAGUUGUUCAAAAUGUAAGUGGAAAACAAAGAUUGAUGGGGGAAACGUUGUUGUAAAGUCAGAGCUGAUCCAAUUUGUUGAAUUAUUACCAGUUUAAAGUGGCAAUCUCAACUAAUAAAUCCUUGUUUUCAUUAUUUUGAUUGUUCAUAGAGCAAAAAUUCACAACAAAUGUCAUGAUAAGAUAGUUUACAUGAAAAAUUCAUCCAGUUCCUAUCCAAUUAAAUAAGAAUAACAUUUUCUCUCAAUUCAAAUCAGUCCAGUUCAUCCAGGCCAGUCCAAUUAGAUUGUCAGAUUCAGAUCCAUUUACAUGUAGCCAAUUUAAUCCAAGUGUAAUACAAUGCAGUCAAAUUCAGCCGAUCACAUAAUGUCAACUGGUAAAAUGUUAUCUAAGGAAGCAUAGCUGAUUGCAUCAAAUCAUUGACUUUGCAGCAAUCCCUCUUCCUGAGUAACUAUGGUGACAUGUGACAUUCCCCAACCAAAAUCAAAACCAUGAACAAGGGAGAAAAACAAUGAAAAAUAAAAUAUGCUUUAAAAAUUAGACUAUUGCAUUUCCAUAGAUCAUCAAAAUCUAUACUUGUUGGUUAAAUACGUGUACCAAAAAAAUAGCUUCCUGCUGCCAAAGGGUACAAAUUGGUGAAGGGCCAAAUUAAACUGAAGCCAUAAAGGGAUGUAAGUCAGGACCAAAUCAGACAGAUGUGGAAAUUACAGUGGAGCAGACUAUUUUUGCUGUGGCCCGGUGGAUGGUGGAUGUAGGUAGAGUCUACAGAAAUACACCAAGAGAUGUUAAAAACAAUUUUUCUAAUGUUCUUAGGUGCAAAGACACUUAGAAAGUUUGGUUCUGUGGACAGGUCCCUAGUCUAAGCUGAUUACUGAGCAGUUAACAUGACAAUGGUAUUGAUUCAGUGCAGUAAAAUAGUAUUAGCCACCUUACAGAUUUCUCAAAUUAUUCUCAGAUGCUUCAGAGAUAAAGCUAACCUUAGUAAAAUCAAAAAACAGUUUUCAAAUGAUUAUUUCAGUUUUUAAAGGAAAAACGUUAUCCAAACCAAGCAGGCCUUAGGUAAAAAUAUAAUUCCCUCAUAAACCGGACCAUCAAGACGUCCUUUGAGUUCUUUUCAAUCAACGUUAUUUGGCCUUGGAACUCUCCCAUGGAAGCCAUGUUUGUCCAGUCUGUUUCUAAUUGCUGAAUCGUAAACUCUGACCUUAAGUAAGGCCUCCAGAGCUUUAGAUGUAGUUUGAGGUUUUUUGUGAGCGUCCUGAUCAAUCGUACAUGUUCUCUUGGAAUAAAUUCGGUAGUCUGGCCUCUGCUGGGAACUUUCACCAAUGUUUGCUGUGAUUUGGCUCUCGAUUUGGUUUGCUGGAAUCCUGUUUCUCUUUUUUUAGCUUACUUCAUGUUGACAGAUGAUAUUUAAGUGACUUUUUGAUUCUACUGGUCUGGCCGUAAUUAGGCCUGGGUGGUAUUAUUAAAACUGAACCAAGAAAUUAAGUUAAUUUUAGUUAUAUCAGGAUUUUAACAAAGGGGCAGUUAUUUUUUCACAUAGAGCCAUGCAGGUUUGGGCAACUUUUCCCUCAAUAAAUGACAUCUUAAUUUAAAAACUGUUGUAUUUGCAUUUACUGAGGUUAUCUUUGUCUGAUAUUAAAAGUGUCACAAACUAAGUAAAAAAAACAAGAUAUUUGUAAAGAGUAAACACUUUUUCACUGCACUGUAUACUCUUAUUUAUUUAAUUUCCUUUUGGGAUUGAUAAAGUAUUUUUGAAUUGAAUUGAAUUAUAACUGUUUGCAAGAGCAAAAAUUAAAAUCUUUGGUUGCAAAAUGGUCAGAGGAGAGACCAUUUCUAGACACUUCUGGUGUGGUGGUGAAAGAAAGUAACAGUAUAGUAACUGUUUUAGCCACUUUCAGUACUGCAGGUUAAGGUUUUUGCUCCAGAUUACAUUUAUUCUCAGUACUUUUGUGCGCAACAGAUAUUCUAUUAACCUGAAAUGUAGCCAGGAUAAUAUUUAUUUCGUCCUAUGUUGUAGAUUAUUUGCUCCCUCCUCACAGGCAGCAAAGUGUAGGACUAGCUCCUUCUCCGGAGGCACAAUGGGAACUUUGCCACAGUGUUUCUGGCUCUGACUUUCAGGUAUAACCAGCUCAAGAUGUAGCUGCAGUGUCAAGGUGUCCAGGUACCUGCCUGAACUGGCAGGACCAACCGUUCUCCUAAUACCCUCUAAGACAUUUGGCAUGUACUCUCAGACACUGAUACGUGUCACAGAGGGGAACGCCAGAACAAACUUCAUGUUGCACAAUUUGUGACACACACACACAGGCACAUCUGUAAGGCAUGCACAAAUGGACAUUGUGUGGGAUUUACAUAAACGAUACAUACACAUUCACUGGUAAAUUUAUUCUCAAUAGAAACACAACACUAGCGAUGUAUGAACACAUGCAGACAUGUAUCAACUAAACCAAAAUCAAAACAGAAUUUCUGACAUGUUGACGGCAUGUUUCAGUUAGAUGUCAUUUUAAAGAGGCAUGUGAGCAGCUCUACUCCCCAUUGAUCUACAUGUAAGGUGCCUAAUGAUGGAUAUUAAUGAGAAUACUAAUGAAUAUAUUAAAUAAAGUCAUUAAUCAUUA